UCACUCCAUUCCAGUGGAGACCUGCCACAGUUCAAACUAUCAGCACAAGCAAACAAAUCUGUUCCACAAAAUGUCGUUUGAUCGGAAUUUGAACAGCUCUCAAGAGCCCACGGCUGCGGCCACGAGCGACACUCGGGAGGAGAGUCUAGAGGAGGAUCUGGUGCACAUUCGCGUGCAGCAGCGCAGCAGCAGCCGCAAGACGAUCACCACCGUCCAGGGCCUGGCCGCGGAAUUUGACCUCAAGAAGAUCGCGCGCGCCUGCCGCAAGGAGUUCGCGUGCAACGGCACCGUCACCGAGCACCCCGAGCAGGGGCUGGUCAUCCAUCUGGAGGGGGACCAGCGCGAGAACGUCCGCCAGUGGCUGAUCAAGACGGACCUCUGCAAGCCCGACCAGCUGAAGGUGCACUGAAUGGGUCCCCAGGCCCUUGAACGUCUCCCCUUCGAGGCUCUUCUUGUUUUGUUCGUUCUUUGCUCCUUGAAUCCACGCAACCCACGAAACCUACGAAACCCACACACCCACAAUCCCACAUCUACUUCUGCAAGAGAACCAUUGAAUGGAAAUUGACAGCCGUGUUGGAAAAAUGAAAUUAAAUGUUAAAUGCAAUACAAAAAGGAAUACCGAAAGAGAGAGAGAGGGGA